AUGCAGCAUAUCGAUGCUUGUGUUCCAACAACAGCAUUGAAAGCACUCUCGUGGGACGGGCAGAAUCUCAUUCUCCAAGGACAAGGUCCGUUUUUGCGUGUCGUUGACGAUGAAUCUGGGAAUGUUGUGACUCAAGUGCGGGUCUUUAAACGCAACAAUCUACAUGGAUUCAUCUCAUUGGCCGAGGGGCAGGAUGAGAAUGACCAAAGACAUUCUCGGUUCAUCGUUUGGGGUGGCCAGUCCUUACGGGUUGUUGAUCUAAGGUCAGGCUCGAAUGGUACCAUCGUAUCGUUCGUUUCGUCUGCGGAAUUCCUGGCUCCAGAUUGGAUUAUGAGUGGAUGUGCCGCAGCGAAGGAUCAAGAUACUGCGUACUUAAUCACUGCGAACAAUUCACUGUUGAGUUUGAACCUUACAAAGUGCAUUCGUUCUAUUGAUAAGAUGGUGAUCAACAUCCACCAACUUGCAACAAGUGUCAAGUCUAUCCUCUGCGCGGCAAACCUAGUUGCACUGUCACCUACCCAUGUGCUUAUUGCCGCUGGAACCAUCUUCGGUGAAAUUAUUGUUUGGUCUUGCUUUAUGGAUAUCAGCGAAAGUUUCCCAACAAAGGCGGUUGGAUCGAUUCACCACUUCUUCACCGGGCACGAUGGAACAGUCUUCGGCGUACAAAUUUCGCCCAUCAUUCCAUCAAUGAAGGAUGGAAAGCCAGGUCGUGUUCUGGCUAGUUGCAGCGAUGACCGAACUGUGCGAGUCUGGGAUGUUUCUGAUUGCGAGCACAAGUCACCCAAUGAUCCCUCCGCGUACUCCACAGACGGCUUUGAUCUCCGAAGCACAGGAUUUGGUGCUACAGAUGUCGAUGCUUCCGGUGCUGGCUCAGAGUCCUGUAUCGCACAGGCAUUUGGGCACGCCGCCCGUAUUUGGAGUAUCGGAUUUCGAUCAAAUAUAUCCCAAGAUUGUUCUAAGAUCGGACUUGUGACUCGUGGUGAGGAUGCUACGUGCAUUGUUUGGGAUUUGACCUGGGAGUCACCUUCCCCCGGUACUACAAAGUACCACUUGCGCAAGGAUUUCUCCUCGGAGGCACACCUAGGGAAGCAUAUCUGGUCCAUGGAUCUUUGUCGGCGGGGUGACGAGACUGUGGUUUAUACCGGAGGUGCCGAUGGAGCAUUGAGGAAUUUCAAAAUCAACGAAAUCCGAUCUUCGGCGACACUGGCAAGGCCUGCGACCAGGGAAAAAAGCGCGAAAACCAGUUGCGUUCAAUAUUUCGCUUUUGUCAGUGAAGAUUGCCUGAUUAUGUCCAACAAAGCGAGCCAGCUCCAGAUUGGACACGUGAGCCCCGGACUUGAUGCCAUUAUUACAUGGGAAGCUUUGCACAGCUCUGAAGAUCUGGGUCCAAUCUCCCUGAUAGCCGGAAACCCAGAUAAAGGUCUGGCGUUGAUAAGUGAUCCUCGAGGACAAGUCCGCCUGUACAACCACAGUCUUAAAUCGGUUUCUGAUCUUAUCAAGUUGCCCGGAAGACCAAUGGAACUUUUAUUUGUUGAACCAAAUAAUGACCUGGAGAGACUUUCCUUUGUUGCUUCUUAUGCCAAAGAUGAGUUUGCAACAUUGGUGACAAUCUCGGCGUGGAACGGUGAUCGCCCUGAGAUAGAAGCCAUUCCCGUCUUUCUUCCCCAGUCACCAUAUGAUGUGGCUUCGGCAUCGCUGCUUGGCAACGGCGAGUAUUUGUUGCUAGGAUCUAGGCUAGGUGGCUUAUCAGUACACCGGGUCGCAAGCGACGAAAUUUCCUCUCAUCCUCUCCAUGUGGAUCGCCGUGUUCAUGGCCAUCACGGUACCAACCACAUCCAAUUGCUUUCCUCAGUGAAGGCCUCGGAUGGUUCAGAUCUGGAAUACGUGCUGACUUGUGGGCGUGAUGGAAAAUAUUGCGUCCAUGAAGUGAAGAUUGGUAAGGAGAGAGGUGACGCCGUCACUUUCGUCACAGUGCAUAGAACGGAAUCAGCGCUAGGUGGAAACAUCGAAGGCGCCUACUUUGAUGAACUGACCGGAGAUUUGAUGAUGUACGGCUUCAAAUCACAAGACUUUGUCCUACGAAACGAGUCGAAACAAACUGAUAUCGUAUCAAUUGGAUCUGGAGGCACACGCAGGCCCUGGGAAUUUCAGCGACGCAUCAAGGGUGGAAGUGGCGAUCUGCUUGUCUGGCGAGAAGGCCCUUCUCUUGCAUGCCAGCGUGUUCGUCAUGAUGUCAAUUGCUUAGUUCGAGCUGGAGGCCAUGGAAGAGAGAUCAAGGCUAUGGAUGGCCUAGACGGGACUAAGGAUGUGCCACCUCUGUUUGUCACGGGCGCAGAGGAUACUACUGUCAGAAUUUCCACCAUCUUCGACUCGAAUAAUGUAGGUCAUUGGGGAUCCGUACAAACUCUCCGCGUUUUGAGUACCCAUGUCUCUGGGGUUCAACAGGCCUCAUGGUCUAAGUGUGGAAAGUACCUAUUCACAAGCGCUGCGUGUGAAGAGUUCUUUGUUUGGCGAGUACAAUGGGUUCCGUCAUUUGGAGUUGCUACAAUCCUAGCAGCGGUUUGUCCGAAGGAUGACCCAGACUCCGAGCUUCGGAUAACAAGCUUUGAUCUGGUGGACGUCGCAGAAGAAGGUGAAGAACGUGGAUUCCUUUUAUGUCUCACUCUCUCGAACUCUACUAUUAAGAUCUUUCACUACUCCCCACACCAUAACAACUCUUUCACGCUUUUGGCCCGUGGAAAAUACAUGACCAACUGUUUGACACAGGGCCACUUCAUUGUCCAAGGAUCUUCUGUGUCGCUCCUCACGGCGGCUACUGACGGCUACUUCACACUUUGGGACCUGACUGAUACCCUCCAACCAUUUUACGACAUCCAUUUCUCCUCUUUGAAAGCAACCAGACAAUUUGAUAUCUCGGAGAUAUCACCGCAGGAAAUUACGUGUGAGAAUCGAUAUGAAGUCCACUCAAACAGCAUCAAAGCUAUGGAACUGGUGUCCGUAUCUGAGACAACCACGUUGAUUCUGUCUGGUGGCGAUGACAAUUCGUUGUCAAUUUCUCUUCUACAAACUUCGCCAAACCCGGAGACGGAGUCACAUCCACGCGUGUUGACAAUUUCAGUUCCAGAUGCACAUGCUGCCUCAAUUACAGCCAUCAAAGUGCUGAGCCAGAUACCCCCUCAGAAAAAUGACGCUGGUGUUGAAACUACGGAGAUUGUCUUAGCCUCGGCAGGAAAUGAUCACCGAGUCAAGAUUUGGUCGGUUAUUGUCCCUCUAUCUACAUCAGCAAACAUUGAAGCCCGAUUCUUGCUAGACCGUUACAGUGCCGUGGCUGAUAUCUCUUCAAUGUCCCUCGUCCAUGGUGUGUGCCUAAGCACCGAUCAUGAUACCCCUUCAGAGAGACGAGAUGCCACGCUCCUGGUCGGUGGUGUUGGUAUUGAGAUGUUGAAGGUCAAAACAUAG